CGGAUAAUAUAAAGCACAACAGGGGCUCUGGUUCGGUACAUAUCGGCAUACUUCGGAACCACAGCACGAGAGAAAGAGAGAGAGAGAGAGCGCGCAAAACCGCAAAGCGUUUUACGACACAGGCGUAAUACAACAGAAGACAUCUCAUUCAUAUACGGUGUACAGUAAAAAGGAGUCAAAAAUGUCUGCAAAAGGAGUCGCUAUUGGAAUUGACCUGGGCACCACCUACUCCUGUGUGGGAGUUUUUCAGCAUGGAAAAGUGGAGAUCAUCGCUAAUGACCAGGGCAACAGAACAACACCAAGCUAUGUUGCUUUCACAGACACAGAGAGGCUCAUUGGAGAUGCAGCUAAAAACCAGGUGGCCAUGAACCCCAGCAACACAGUGUUUGAUGCCAAGAGGCUGAUUGGCAGGAAAUUUGAUGAUCCAGUUGUGCAGUCUGACAUGAAGCAUUGGUCCUUCCAAGUCAUCAGCGAUGGGGGAAAGCCAAAGGUCAAAGUUGAAUACAAAGGAGAAACCAAAUCAUUUAACCCUGAAGAAAUCUCAUCCAUGGUCCUGGUUAAGAUGAAGGAGAUUGCAGAGGCUUACCUGGGACAAAAGGUGACAAAUGCGGUUAUCACAGUUCCCGCCUAUUUCAACGACUCCCAGAGGCAGGCCACUAAAGACGCCGGAGUAAUCGCUGGGCUGAAUGUUCUACGAAUCAUCAACGAGCCCACGGCUGCAGCCAUCGCCUAUGGGCUGGAUAAAGGCAGAGGUUCAGAGCGUAACGUCCUGAUCUUCGACCUGGGUGGAGGCACAUUUGAUGUGUCUAUUCUUACCAUUGAAGAUGGCAUCUUUGAAGUGAAAUCCACAGCUGGAGACACUCAUUUGGGUGGGGAGGACUUUGACAAUCGUAUGGUGAAUCACUUUGUAGAAGAAUUUAAGAGGAAACACAAGAAGGACAUCAGUCAGAACAAGAGGGCACUGAGGAGGCUUCGUACAGCUUGCGAGAGAGCCAAGAGAACCCUGUCAUCCAGCUCUCAGGCCAGCAUUGAGAUCGACUCCCUGUAUGAGGGCAUUGACUUCUACACAUCCAUCACCAGAGCAAGAUUUGAAGAGCUGUGCGCAGACCUCUUUAGGGGAACUCUUGAACCUGUGGAGAAAGCCCUGAAAGAUGCCAAAAUGGACAAGUCUCAGAUUAAUGACAUUGUUCUGGUUGGUGGAUCAACCAGAAUCCCUAAGAUCCAGAAACUUCUGCAGGAUUUCUUCAAUGGAAGAGAGCUGAACAAGAGCAUCAACCCAGACGAAGCAGUGGCUUAUGGUGCUGCAGUGCAAGCCGCCAUCCUUAUGGGCGACACAUCUGGAAACGUUCAAGAUCUUUUGCUGCUGGAUGUUGCUCCACUGUCUCUGGGUAUUGAAACAGCAGGAGGAGUCAUGACUGCCCUCAUCAAACGCAACACCACCAUCCCCACCAAACAGACCCAGACCUUUACCACCUACUCAGACAACCAGCCCGGCGUCCUGAUCCAGGUAUUUGAGGGAGAGAGGGCCAUGACCAAAGACAACAACCUGCUGGGGAAGUUUGAGCUGACAGGAAUUCCACCUGCACCACGUGGAGUCCCUCAGAUCGAAGUGACCUUUGACAUCGAUGCCAAUGGAAUCCUAAAUGUGUCAGCUGUGGACAAAAGCACUGGCAAAGAGAACAAGAUCACCAUCACCAAUGACAAGGGCCGACUGAGCAAAGAAGAGAUUGAGAGAAUGGUGCAGGACGCUGACAAAUACAAAGCAGAGGAUGAUCUUCAGAGAGAGAAAAUUACUGCCAAGAACUCACUGGAGUCUUACGCCUUCAACAUGAAAAACAGUGUGGAGGAUGAGAACCUGAAAGGAAAAAUCAGUGAAGAUGACAAGAAGAAAGUUAUUGAGAAAUGCAACGAGACCAUCACCUGGCUAGAAAACAACCAGUUGGCUGAUAAGGAGGAGUAUGAACAUCAGUUGAAAGAGCUGGAGAAAGUCUGUAACCCAAUCAUUACUAAACUGUAUCAGGGAGGGAUGCCAGCUGGAGGCUGUGGAGCUCAGGCACGUGCUGCCGGUUCAGGGGCCGGUUCCCAGGGACCAACUAUUGAAGAGGUGGAUUAAAAGGCAGCAGAAUGAUAAAAGACUAAUAAAAAGUUGCACAUUUUUUUAUUCUAUGAUCUUCCUAUGAAUGUUUACACUAUAACACCAAACCUCAUAUAUAUUUAAAGUUUGCUUUGUUUUCAUAAAGAUGUAUAAAUGUAUGCAUAAAUAAUGGGUAAAUAUUUUAAAACCUUUAACUUUUAAAAUGUAUGUGAUGUUAUAUAUUUGUUUUUCAUGUUUUUUUUACAGUUGCAUAUUGAUAAUUGUUAUGACAAAGUAAAUAAAUGUUAAUUAAUAAAUA